AUGACUUGUUGUUGUGGUAAAACUUGCAAGGGUCGGAAAGGACUGUUGAUGCAUCAAAGAUCAUGUAAAUCUUACAAAUCGCUCAGAUCCACGAAGUCCGAAGUGGAACCAGUCGACAGCGAUGAUAACAAUGCAACAACAUUUCAACACACAUCAGAUUCAACAACUAUUCCAAAACCACUACCUGGUAUAAAAAUACUCAAAUCGUCAACACAUUGGGUUAAAGCCAACGCAUUUUUUCAUAUUGAACUAAAACGUCUUAACAACUGUGCUGACGUUGACAACUUCGCCAUCGAAUUUCAAAACAUAAUUUACUCAUAUUUUGCGUCAAAUUAUGGAACGUUAACAAAAGAUUCAACACCAAGAAGCACAAAAAUUGCAAUAUUAGACAUUUAA